AUGUUACCAUGUACCCAAAAGAUCGCCGAACUGCCUUUCAAACCCAAAGGUGUAAUCCUCUCGGGCGGGCCUUAUUCGGUUUACGAAGCCAAUGCGCCUCACGUUGACCCAGCUCUCUUUGAGCUUGGUGUACCGAUACUGGGCAUAUGUUAUGGUCUGCAAGAGCUGGCAUGGCACCAUGGAAAGAAUGUGCUGGCUGGCGAGAAACACGAAUAUGGUCACGCAUAUCUCACAAUUGAGAGACAUUCUGAAUCAGAAGAGCACAUUGACCGACUGUUCAAGGGAAUGGAAAAGGAGAUGGAGGUGUGGAUGUCUCAUGGUGACAAGCUGUCGAAACUGCCAGACAACUUUCAUCCUAUCGCUUCAACUUCGAACGCCCCAUUCGCCGGUAUUGCAAGCACAUCCAAGCCUUAUUUUGGCAUUCAAUUCCACCCAGAAGUCACUCAUACACCUAAAGGCAAACAGGUAAUCUCCAAUUUUGCUAUCGAGAUCUGCAAGGCUCGUCCAGAUUGGACAAUGGAGAAGUUUGUUGACAAGGAAAUCGAGCGUAUUCGGGUGAUGGUUGGCAAGAAGGGCCAGGUAAUUGGCGCUGUGAGCGGCGGCGUCGAUUCUACUGUUGCCGCGAAAUUGAUGCAAGAAGCUAUUGGCGAUCGUUUCCAUGCUGUCCUCGUUGACAAUGGCGUCAUGCGUCUAGAUGAAGCCAGAACCGUCAAAGAAACCCUGACACAGCAUCUUGGUAUCAACUUGACAGUAAUUGAUGCCAGCGAUCUGUUCCUGGGAAGGCUAAAGGGGAUUUCAGACCCGGAGAAGAAGCGCAAAAUCAUUGGCAAUACCUUCAUUGAGGUCUUUCAGAAUCAAGCAAAGGAGAUCGCCAAGGCGGCAGCCAAUACACCUCAAGCAGGAGAUAUAGAAUGGUUACUACAAGGCACCCUUUAUCCAGAUGUGAUCGAAAGUGUAUCCUUCAAAGGUCCAAGUGCCACUAUCAAGACACAUCACAACGUCGGUGGUCUGCUUGAGGGGAUGCAUCUGAAACUCAUCGAACCAUUACGAGAGUUAUUCAAAGACGAAGUUCGUGCUCUAGGUACCAAUCUGGGCAUACCUGAAGAUCUGGUGUGGCGUCAUCCAUUUCCUGGCCCUGGAAUCGCAAUCCGCAUCCUCGGUGAAGUUACUCCUGAACAGGUCCGUAUUGCACGUGAAGCGGACAAGAUAUUCAUCGACGAGAUUCAAGCUGCGGGCUUGUAUCGGAAGAUCAGCCAAGCAUUCGCAGCAUUGUUGCCUGUCAAAGCGGUUGGAGUAAUGGGUGACAAGCGAGUACAUGAUCAAGUCAUUGCUCUGCGGGCUGUUGAAACUAUUGAUUUCAUGACGGCGGAUUGGUAUCCAUUCGAUGGUCAAUUUCUAAAGAGAGUGAGCAGGAGGAUCGUCAACGAGGUAAAUGGUGUGGUGCGGGUCCUUUACGACGUGACCAGCAAACCUCCAGGGACCAUAGAAAUGGAGUGA